CCGAACUCCGAGCGUGCGGUGGAGGAGGACAGCUGCAAAGAAAAUAGCUACUUUUUAGCUGAUAGCUACAUACUUGAAGAGAGUUAAAGACAGUCGCUAUGGCUCUGACUCAGGUUUCUUCCAAUAAAUGUUGCGGGGGGUUCCAGAAGGUGUUCGAGCACGACAGCUCCGAAUUGAAAUGCAGAAUGAAGUUUGCCAUCUAUCUCCCGCCAAAAGCGGAAAGUGCAAAGUGUCCGGUGUUUUAUUGGCUGUCUGGACUGACCUGUACAGAGCAGAACUUUAUCACCAAAGCAGGCAGUCAGCAGGCCGCCUCCGACCAUGGCCUGAUCAUCGUUGCCCCUGACACCAGCCCACGUGGCUGCAACAUUGAAGGGGAGGAGGAGAGCUGGGACUUUGGUACAGGGGCUGGUUUCUAUGUGAAUGCCACCGAGGACCCCUGGAAAACCAACUACCGCAUGUACUCCUAUGUCACAGAGGAGCUCCCUCGCCUGAUCAACGCCCACUUCCCUGCUGACCCAGAGAAGAUGUCCGUCUCAGGCCACUCAAUGGGCGGUCAUGGGGCGCUGAUCUGCGCCCUGAAGAACCCUGGGAAAUACAAGUCAGUCUCUGCGUUUGCUCCCAUCUGUAACCCAAUACAGUGCGCCUGGGGCCAGAAGGCCUUCGGCGGCUACCUGGGGUCCGACAAGUCCACGUGGGAGGCCUACGACGCCACCGUGCUGGCCAGCUCGUACUCUGGCCCCCAGCUGGACAUCCUGAUUGACCAGGGCAGGGAUGACCAAUUCCUGUCAGCCGGUCAGCUGCUUCCGGACAACCUGAUCACCGCCUGCACUGAGAAGAAGAUCCCUGUGGUGUUCCGGCUGCAGCAGGGCUAUGAUCACAGUUACUUCUUUGUCUUCUCCUUCAUCAACGACCACAUCAAGCACCACGCCAAGUACCUGAAUGCAUGAGGUCACACCCAGCUGUGUGCAGGAGGGGCAGCCAAAGUGCCCUCACCACACAGCCAGUGGUCUUCCACGACUGUGACAUUACCAGCUCUGGGGAGGAGGAGUCAUUUGUGACAGGCAGGUGGGGGGGGGGGGGGCUUCGCAAAGCACUGAACCCAGCUGUAGCCAUUGUAAUCCAGCUGCGUGAUUAACAAAAAGCGGAGGCCAAUCAAAGUGUAUUUUUAUAAAACAGAGAGACCUGAUUGGAUGAAAUCAUCCCAAUAAUGAAGCUCAACCUGCCCAUUGCUAGGGUGCUGUGUUCAUGUCCCUAAAUAAAGAGCUAAAUA